AUGCUUCACCACAACCACCCCCCUCCUCCCCGAGCUCUUCGUAACUGCCGUACCAUCACCGCGCAGGCCGGAGCCAUUGGAGGCCAUCGCGGUCUCGUCAUCGCCUUCGAGACCCCAGCAUCGAAAGCCCGGAACCGCGACAAUCAGCGACGCUCCAGGGCGCGUCGACGGGAGCUGAUCGACGAGCUCCAGGAACGAUUAUCGCAAUACGAACGGCGCGGUGUCGCGGCAACGUUGGAGAUGCAGCAGGCGGCCAGGGUGGUCGUCCUCGAGAACCAGUGCCUCCGAGAGCUUCUUGAGCUUCGGGGAGUCUCGAGAGAUGAAGUUGGGAUUUAUUUAUCGAACCGAAUGGGCGCCGGCAGAGGGACGUCUAGUGAUGUCGAUAGAAUAUGGAAUAAAGAUUCCCAAAGACCUCACUCGACCCAGUCAGGCUUUUGCGAGUCGCGGAUCUCGACUCUAGACACUUCGAUUCCUAGUCCUGCCUCUCUGCCACAUUCCCGAAGCUCGACGACGUACGCUCCGUCCUCAAAUGGUACUGACGGUCCAUCACCUUCAAGUCCAGCGUGGCCAACUUCUCCGGCACGACGCUCAACCCAAAUACGGUAUCCUACUGUAGGCCGUUCGCCGACGUCAGAGGAGCACACGUCCGAGGCGCCGUCACUCACGUCUCAACUUUGUAAUGCACCACCAAGUCGCGAUGCUGCGUUCGACAUCCUGGGCCCCGUAUCCGACUGCUUUUGCCCGCCUGACGCCGCGGACGUGGCGCCAGACCACAGCCCCGGACGCGACUCGACGUUAGAGAUGUCCUGCGAAAACGCGGCACGAAUCCUCGCGGAGCUCCAGGGAUACGGGGACUCGGCCGAGCUUCGCUCCAGGUUGGGAUGCCAGGAGUCGACUGAUUGCCGAGUUAAAAACACCAAGUUGCUCCAGAUGAUGGAUGAGCUGGGGUAA